AUGGACCCCAAAUGCUCCCGCCCCACUGGCGACUCCUGCAGCUGCGCUGGCUCCUGCACCUGCAAGGCCUGCAGAUGCACCUCCUGCAAGAAGAGCUGCUGCUCCUGCUGCCCCGUGGGCUGCGCCAAGUGUGCCCAGGGCUGCGUCUGCAAAGGGGCCUCGGACAAGUGCAGCUGCUGUGCCUGAUGUCGCGGAGAGCCUGCCCCAGGUGUCAAUGGAGGACCACGGGCCGACCUGUGUUUUUAUACAACUCUGACUUGAUUGUUACAUUCCC